GCCGCCGCUCAGGCCCAGAAGUGGACGGUUCCUACUGCGGCUAGGCACCGGCUGGGCUCCCGCGUCGGGCCCGCUUUUCAAGCUUGCACCUGGCUCAACCUCAACCCAGCUCGGCCCGGGCCCGGUCUCGGAACGAAGGCGCCGUUGCCGCUGGGCCUCUCGCAGGGCCAUGAAGAAGCGGCGGCAGCCACUGCGGCCCUCGUCAAGGUGACCAGCCAGCCCGGACUGCAGCGGACCUCUCCAGCAGGUUAUGUCACCAACAGAGGUGACACUGAAGUUCCCUGUGGCCUGGAGACUAUGUACAAGAGGAAUGGUCUGAUGGCUAGCAUGUUGGUCACCUCUGCCACUCCACAGGGCAGCAGCAGCUCAGACUCGCUGGAGGGCCAGAGCUGCGACUAUGCCAGCAAGAGCUACGAUGCUGUCGUCUUCGACGUUCUGAAAGUGACUCCCGAGGAGUUUGCCAGUCAGAUCACAUUGAUGGACAUCCCCGUGUUCAAAGCCAUCCAGCCAGAGGAAUUGGCCAGCUGCGGGUGGAGUAAAAAGGAGAAACACAGUCUUGCCCCGAAUGUCGUGGCCUUUACUCGGAGGUUCAACCAGGUCAGUUUUUGGGUCGUACGAGAAAUUCUAACAGCACAGACUUUAAAAAUAAGGGCAGAAAUCCUGAGCCAUUUUGUGAAAAUAGCCAAGAAACUUCUAGAGCUCAACAACCUUCAUUCUCUCAUGUCUGUGGUGUCAGCAUUACAAAGUGCUCCCAUCUUCAGGCUGACAAAAACCUGGGCUCUUUUGAAUCGCAAAGACAAGACCACUUUUGAGAAACUGGACUACCUGAUGUCCAAAGAAGACAACUACAAGCGAACUCGGGACUACAUCCGAAGUCUGAAGAUGGUGCCCAGCAUUCCCUAUCUAGGAAUCUACCUUCUGGACUUGAUCUACAUUGAUUCUGCAUACCCUGCCUCUGGCAGCAUCAUGGAAAACGAACAAAGAUCCAACCAGAUGAACAACAUCCUCCGAAUCAUUGCCGAUUUACAAGUUUCCUGCAGCUAUGAUCACCUCACUACCCUGCCACAUGUACAAAAGUAUCUGAAGUCUGUGCGCUACAUCGAGGAGCUCCAGAAGUUUGUAGAAGAUGAUAAUUACAAGUUGUCACUCAGAAUUGAACCAGGAAGCAGCUCUCCAAGACUAGUCUCUUCCAAGGAAGAUCUUGCAGGCCCCUCUGCUGGCUCCAGCUCAGCCAGGUUCCGCCGGAGACCCACCUGUCCAGAUGCAUCUGUGGCCAGCAGCCUCCCCACACCGCCAGUCCCCAGACACAGGAAGAGCCACAGCCUGGGCAACAAUCUGAUGUGUCAGUUGAGUGUAGUUGAAAGUAAGAGUGCAACAUUCCCAUCGGAGAAGGCCAGGCACCUGCUGGACGACAGUGUCCUAGAGUCCCGCAGCCCCCGCAGGGGCCUCACCCAUACCUCCUCCACCGCCAUCACCAACGGACUCUCCCUAGGCAGUAGUGAGAGCUCAGAGUUUAGUGAAGAAAUGUCUGCAGGGCUGGAAAGCAGGGGACGUCUUUAUGCCACACUGGGGCCUAACUGGCGGGUUCCAGUUCGGAAUUCUCCCAGAACUCGGAGCUGUGUCUACAGCCCCACGAGCCCUUGCACCUGUACUGUGGGAAGCUCGGCCGCUGUGCCCACUAUGGAGGGGCCUCUGAGACGGAAAACCCUGCUCAAGGAAGGCCGGAAGCCUGCACUGGCCUCGUGGACCAGGUACUGGGUUGUGCUCUCAGGAUCCACCCUCCUUUACUAUGGAGCCAAGUCCUUGCGGGGCACAGACAGAAAACAUUAUAAAUCUACACCUGGCAAGAAGGUCUCCAUCAUAGGCUGGAUGGUGCAGCUGCCUGAUGACCCCGAGCACCCAGAUAUCUUCCAGCUGAAUAACCCUGACAAAGGCAAUGUUUACAAGUUCCAGACGGGCUCCCGUUUUCAUGCGAUACUGUGGCACAAGCAUUUGGAUGAUGCGUGUAAAAGCAACAGGCCUCAGGUACCUGCAAAUCUUAUGUCAUUUGAAUGAGUAUCUGCAGGACUUGGUGUGACUGCAAAGGCUUCUGAGAGCCUAGACUAGGUCUGAUGGAAGAAAGCAGCUCUGGGCAUAAGCUGUGGGCCAAGGCACUGGGCUCUCAUAGCUGGACUUGAGGAAUAUGGCCGUGGCCUUACAGUCCUGGAUGGCUUCCCAGUGCAAGAUCCACCUGUCAACCCACAGCAACUCUCAUGAAUCAUUCUGCAGCAGCACCCCACCAAGUGGUUGUCAGACCCCAAACUGCACCCCUAUGCCCCCUCUCUGGGCCAUCGUCUGUCCACCAGCUGCUUCUGCAUCAGGGGAGCAUUUGACCCAUGUUGGGUUCUCCAUGCUUUCUGCUGCACACAGAGUGGAUGGCACUAAUCUUCGAGAGGUCUGAAGAGCAGAGAUGGGCUGCUGGACAGGCUUGUUACACCCCAAGUGCACAGGCCACUUGCCCACAGGGCCGCCUCAGAUUUUGUAUACCCCCAAAGCAUCCUCUGCCUAUGUGUACUCUGUGUGUGUGUGUGUGUGUGUGUGUGUGUGUGUGUGUGUGUGUGAACUCUCUGAGAAACAUACAUUUUGGCACAAGACUUGUGACAUCACACACUUAUUGGCUUUGAGGCCCUGCUUAAAGCUUUAGUUAUAGCCUUGUCCUCUAAGAAAAGUCUGAAGGGAAUCCAGAAGCUCCAUGUUAAGGGUCCCUUGAGUUCUUACUGUAAACAAACAAUGCCUUAAAUUGUGUCUUGUUUUCUGUUCCUAUGGGUGCUAUUCAUCUGGAUGGCCUGUUCCCUGGGCCCCAGGCCCUCCUGGGUCUUGUUGUCAGCCCACCUGAGGCAGACCCCGUUUCCGGACCGCAUCCUGAGCACUGGCCUGCUUGCUCCGUACCAUGAGCUUCCCUGAUGGGCCUAUGGGCUCUUUUUGAUCUCACCCACUCCUGCCAUGCUGGUGUGGGAAGCUGGGGCCUUUUCUCCCAGCAGCUUGGAGGCCCCUACAGUGUUCGGUGGUCAGAAGCUAUGCCACCCUGCAUAUUUCCACAGGGCAGAAUUGUGCUCCUGUCUUCUCACCCUUGCCACCACUGCCAGGGCCAGCCACACUGAUUCCUGAUCACACAGGGAGCUGAGUGACACGGAGGCCUUAAGCCCCCUCAGUCUUGCCCCUAAAUGUAGUUAGUCACCAGCAAGUUCUCAUCCAAGUUCAAGGGCCCGGGUGUUGAUGACCAGGUGACAAGAGAGCCCAACCCUAGGGAGUGAGAUGCCCAGCCUCUUCAUGAGCAAGGACCUUUAUCUGUCACCUGUUGUCACUGAUAAGGUGAUUUUCACUUUGCACAUUUUAACUAAAGCAUAUUGCCCUUUGUCAUCACUGAUCCUCUCUAUCCCUCUCCCUCCUUGAAUUGGGUACCCUAACCCUCAGAAGAAAAUCUCUGUUUUUUGGAAAAGGCUGAAUUUCUGGGUCCCUGUGGUUACCAUAGUUUUACACAGUAACCAGUCAUGAAAUUGUCCCAACAAUAAUGGAGAAGCUGCAGACAACCCCAUAACCAUGAACUUGCUUACCACCAAAAAGCUCUGUAUUGCAAACAAAAUGGUGACAUGUUUCUAAAAACAUGGAUGACUUGGUGGAGCAAGUAGUUGUCGCCAUGGUGGUACGUUUUGGUAAGCCUUGCUGUACUCUGAAGCUAACCUUCCUGUGGGCAGAGCCUGAAUAUUUUCAUGCCAAGAGAAACUCCAUGAGGUAAAGUUGAUGGCAUCAAACCUUGACCACAGCUGCCUUGCACAUCCACCCCCACCAGGGGUCCAGGUGUGUGCACCGGAUUCUACCAACAUCGGCUCCAGUUAGAAUCCAGAAGAUGAAUGACGGGGUCAGACACUCCAGGCACCUCCAAGCAGAACCAUUCGUGGUCACACUUUAACCUAUACCAACCCCGAGCCUGCCUGUUAACUCCUAGAAACCCAGACCAUCAGCUGCCUGUUUCCUCUAGGCAUCUGCUCUUGAGCUCAUUUUUGGGUUCUCACAUGUGCAGUGUCAGACAUCAAAAGCCCCAGAACUUCCGUCUCACUAAGGUAACAUUUUGCCCUUUACAGAUCUGUCUUAUGAGACACAAGUGUUUUCUUCCAGGCCUAAUCUGAAAGAGCACAAUCACAAUUAUUUUCAAAGUGUUUAAUCGUCUCCCUAAUUAAAACCAAAUUCCCCUCCCACAAGCAUCCUUACCAUGGACUUUUGAAGACACCUGCUUGGACUUGAUUAGUGAAAAGCCUUGUAGGACUCUUGUGAGCCUUGAAGGUGGCAGGAGAGCCCUGUAGAUGGAGUUAAAAGAUACUUGGUUCUCCAAGCAGGGCCUUAGGCCAAGCAUACAAGCUCAGCGCUGACAUCCCCAGUGCUGGCUUGUCACACAAGGCUGCAGGGGAGGUGGCCAGAUCAUGCGACAGAGGCAGAAAUCCUUUGGUAGAUUCUUAGCCUGGAAGGAAGCUGUUCUGCACUUUUGUUCCACUGUCCAUAGUACACAAAUACUGUGAAACUGUUGGUGGUGGUGCCAGUUACUGCCUUGCAGACAGACCCUGACACUCCAAACUGAGAGCUGUAGAAUGCCGUUUAGAAACUGGAAUGGGCAGCUGGUAGUAUUAUGAAGUCCCAAAGCCCACUCAUCACAACAGGAGUAACUCUGUCCCUCUCCAGUGUACAAGUUUUGUAACUCAAACUCAUCCAAGUGUAUGCUGGCAAGCAAGAUACCUUGUAGAUACUGGACUUGGAGGGAAGCACCAGAAACACUCUCCUACACAAGCCAGCAGGAGAGGUUGGCCUUUCCUCUCGCCUAACCAGAUGCUUUGCACACUUGUUGGACCAAGAUGCUGAGCAGGUAGACACAUUUGUGUCUUGCCAGCAGGCUCUCUGUAUUUCUCCUUCUUACCAAGAUGGCCAGUGGUUCGUCUGUCAGUUUACUCUUGCUUCUCCAGCCUAAGAAAGGUGUGCUGUUUUUUUGUUUGUUUAUUUUUUAAUAUCAAUUUUCAGAUGGAAAAUGAUCUGUAAAACUGGGAAGCCAUUUCUAAGCCAAGGUUGCUUUAAUCUGCAUGUGGAAUCCAGAGCUUUGCAACCUCUAUUGAAUAUUGCCAAAAGCACAGCUUCUCUUCUUUGUGUGACCCUUAAACUGGCUGUAUGUCAUAUUGAUAUGUUGGGUGAUUUCAUGUUAUAAAACAAAACCCCACCUGCACAAAGCCCUUUUGAAAGUGUAUUUAUUGCAUAAACAUUCAUUCAUAUCUCAAGUGAAUACUUCUUAUACACCAGGCUCUACCCAGACAGAAAAUGGCUAGAAACAAGACAAAUCCAAUUUUGGCCUUUGUAGAACUUCCCAGUCAAUGAUCAAAUAAUCACCACCUCACACACCAACUUUUGCAAGACCCUGCCUGAAUACAGAUCUUGUGCAUUGGUUCUUCCAGGAAGACUUCAGACUGAAUGGGAGUGUUGGGAGAGUAAGUUGCAUUGAGGACUAGCUGGAGUCUCAACACUGGAGACUGGCUGGCUCUGAGCAGCCAGAUACAGAUCUAUGUUCAAGAGUAACCAGGGGUUACAGGGAGGAUGCCAAAGGCGGAAUGAGAGAGUAGAGUCUGAGUGCUUGCCAUAUGCACAGUCCCUCCCCCUCCCCAUUUACUCUGUAACUUCAGUGUUACAUUCAAAUACAGUAUGAGUGGGAGCUGGGGUGUCCCUGGGAGCUGAGGACUUGGACUUUGGUCCACCCUGUAACCUGCUGCUGCACAAAUGUGUAUCCCGUGGACAGCCCCAAAUUGCCACUCACAGCAGCAAGAUCAUCUGCCAUUUUGGAAGGACUGUGACCAUUCAGAAAUGAAAUGAUAGUGAUUCAUUUAUUAGUGAGGUAUACUCUUUAAUAAAUUUUGUGCCAAAAUGCAUGGUUUCCCACUUAGCAUUCAAUAUGUUGUAUAGAGAAUAGUUUUCAAUUUCUUACGUGUUCUUCCAAGUAAACUGAAAAUGAGUUCUCACAUCUUACUUUGUUUCUUGUUAAAUCUGCUGUACCUCCCCAAGCUGUCUUUUUUUCCCCAACAGACCCUGCAUGCAGUUGUGUGAGGACUUUUCUCUAACAUUUGUAAAUUGUCUCAUCUGCAAUAACCACUGAACAUCAUCCCUCCUUGGGAUUCUUUAGAUUUUUGGUGAAGUAUUUUGUUACCUCAGUCUUGUAUCAAGUUGCUGUAUUUUUCAGCUUAUUACACUGAUAAUAAUUGUCUCACUAAUUAAAUACUUUAAUGUAUAUACAUCUUUGUUUACUUUGAAAUUAAAUGUGUUUUCCAAUGAA